AUGUUUUUUCACAAGUCAAUUAGUUUUAUUUCAUAUAUUUUUUAAAAUCAAUAGUUGUUUUUUUUAAUAGGAAAAACGACGUGAUAUUGUCAUAUUACAUCGUUCUGUUCAUCGAACUCUUCAACUAGCAUGUGAAGCUGGAAAUUUAUUUAGUUUUGUACCAGAAAUAUAUUUAAAUGAUAUUUAUUUGAAUACAUUCACUGCUCUUAAUGUUUAUUAUCCUCUAGAAGAUUCAGCAAUUAGUCGAGAAAUUGCAACAGAUUUUGUACAAUUUAUAGCCAAUCAUUUGCAAGAUACUCGAAUAGUUAAUACAGAUGUUCGUGAUAAUAUAAUUCAAUCAUUAAGUGCAUUUUGUUUUUAUUCGGGUUCAUUACGAGCAUUAGAAAAUAUGCGUGAAUUUAAUCGAACAGUAUUAAUUCGUGCUUUACUGACACCUUAUACGAAUCGUCCAUGGGCAAUGACUAAUUUAAUAUUGGUACGAUUUUGGAAAGGCUGUGGUUUUGGUUUUCGUUAUUCACAUGUUUAUCCAUCGAAAUUUCUACAAAGUUUAAGAAAAGAUCGAAUUCAGGAUCCAGCACCAUCAAUUAAAUAUCAACAGGAAAUUGGACGAUAUUUACUAAGAAAUAUUGAUGAUGCUAUUGUAUUUCUUAAUAGUUUAUUAGGACAAUUGAAUUGGGCUUUUUCAGAAUUUAUGGGAUUAUUAAAAGAAUUAGUACCAACAAAAACGCGUUACAUGCCAACUAUUGAACAUCGACAAAUGAAAAUAUGUUCAACUUGUUUUGAUGUAACUGUUAGUCUUUUACGAACUAUUGAAAUGAUAAUAUGCGUUGCACCGAAUAUUAUGCUGGAUAAACAUUUACCAAAAUCAGAAAUGUUACUUAUACGUCUUCUUCAAUUACUUAGUCAAAUAAUUAAUCGUUUAGUAACGAAAAAUUAUGUUUUAGAAGAAAUUGAACGAUUGAAGAUGUCCGUAUUAGACAAUAUUCAUCCAUAUCCAAUGUUCUCCGCAGUAUGUGGCAUAUUGAUACAUUUAAUUAAUCGAACAAGCACAGAAACAUCAUUACGUGUAUGUCGUGCUAUUUACAGUGAAGCUGAUCUUGAUUUACCUAGUUUACAUCGACUUAUCUAUGGUUCUGAUACUGAUACAUCCAAAUCAGACUCAUCAAGUCAUUUUACUCUUAUAUCACAACGAGAAAUAAAUCGAUCAGAAGCUAAUGAACUUGAUGAAUUCUAUCAUAAAGUAAAUGAUACAUUUCAAAAAUUAGCUAAAAUAACGACAAAAACAGAUGAUAAUGAUGACUCAAUGUGUAUUAUAUGUUAUUCACAUCAAAUACAAGUAGAAUUUCGUCCAUGUAAACAUCAAACUUGUUUAUCAUGUAUUAAUACGCAUUUCUUGACAAGUAAUGAAUGUUUUUUUUGUAAAGCACGUAUUGAACAAGUUGUAGAUUCAACAACUGGUCGUGUUAUUGACAGUGUCAAACCAAAUGAAAAUUAUACAAAAGACAAAUAA